AUGACCCUAAAAGAAGUUUGCGCCCAGCUUAACGCCCAAGUCACGACGUUCCUAUCCUCUGCACCGCCCGACGAUGUGACACGGCGGACGCAAGAGCAGACGCGGAUCGCUAUGGGGGUGGUGGAGCGAGCAGUCCGGGAAUAUUCUUUCGAACACGUCUCGCUGUCCUACAACGGCGGCAAGGAUUGUCUGGUCCUGUUGAUCAUAUAUCUGGCGGUGCUGCAUAGCCAUUUCACAGGGACAAGAGAGGAGACGAUGGCCGGGGAGCAACAGCAGGGAGGGGAGGAACAGACACAAGGAGAAAACUUCCCGACGUCGAUCCCGUCCAUCUACGCCAAACCGCCCGAUCCAUUCCCCGCCGUCACCAGCUUCGUCGACUACUCGUCGGCACUCUACCACCUCGACCUAACACACAUAUCGACCAACCCAGGACCAAACAAAAAGCAACGCUCGCACUCCAACCCACCACUUACACAACCACCCCCGAAAUUCGACGCCUCGCAGUACCAGCAGGCCAACGGCGGCGGGCACGACCUGCCGGCGAUGAAACCGAUCGUGUCGUUCCGCGACGCCUUCGCGCUGUACCUUGACAAGCACCCGCAGGUGCAGGCGAUAUUCGUGGGCACGCGGCGGACAGACCCGCACGGCGGGCACCUCACGCACUUCGACGCCACGGACCACAACUGGCCGGCGUUCAUGCGCGUGCACCCCGUCAUCGACUGGCGGCUCGAGGAGAUCUGGUGUUUUCUGCGCUCGCCAUGUCUCAAGGACCUGCGUACUGGCGGCCCCUUGCUGUACUGCUCCAUGUAUGACGAGGGGUACACGAGUCUCGGCGGCGUGAACGAUACGGUCCGGAACCCGUAUUUGAAAUUCCGCGACCCUGACACGGGCGAGGACCGGUAUCGUCCCGCCUAUGAGAUGCGGAGGGAUGAUGGUGAGAGGCUGGGCCGUGAAUAG